AUGGGCACUUUGGCGGAGGUGACUGCCCCUGGUUUCGGCGAGCUUGUGUCCAGAGAUGGCGUGCCCACCGGGAUCCCCCUGAAAUCGGAACAGGUCGUGAAGUGGGAACAUCAACCUGGACAUAAGCCCUUCAAUAGUUAUCAGCUGCCAAAGUGGGUCAAGCAUCCAGAUGCGCAGAAACCAUCCAUGAUCCUUCAGCCGGAGGACUACAUGGGUUCAAAGAGGAGACAUAACAUCCACAGCUGGAAUGUGGCCCACAUCGGUGCGCAGUGCGCCAUGUUCGAAGGUCAGGGCUUCAAGAUGUUGGAAAAAGCGACCAAAGAGGAGAUCAACGCCCAGGACACCUUAGAAGGCUUCACGCCGCUUCAUUGGGCGGUCCUCUCCGACAACCCCAAGGCAGUGAUUUGGCUGUUGAAUCACAACGCUGACCGCGAGAUCAAAGACAUCCAGGGACGCACUGCGGAAGACCUUAUUGAGGAGAACUGGGGCGACUUUCACCAGCGCUACUGGGGACAUGCUCCGAAGAAAGAUGGGCUCCCAGACUGUGAGAAGGUGCUUCCAAAGAGGAUCAAACAGAUGAGGGAUGCGUUCAAGGGUAGCUUCUCAGCGAAUGAGUAUGACUUGGAAGGCUACAAAGAUGAUGACAACAAGCUGUACAAAGAUUGGAUCAGCUCAGAUCCCUUUUCCAGGGCUCUGGGUGGUGGUUUGGCUCCACUCUUCGAAUGGCGCGGCUUAAAGCAACCGACGCAUUUGGACUUCCAGCAGUUCUUGGACAGCCUCUCGAUUUCACCCUUGGUACCCCCGACGGUCUUGGAGGUGGCGAGCAAGGCACAUGCUUUGCCCUAUCCUCCUCACUGGUCCGAAGAGCUGGAUGCUGCUUCAGGUGCACUGUAUUUCUAUCACGAACUCCGUGAUGAAUCUUCCUGGCAGCAUCCGCUGACUGAUACCUUUCGCGAGGUGCUGCAACAAGUGGCCACUUUCGCGGAGGAGAAUCGUCGCUUAGAUCAGCUGGCUGUUGGGAUCGAGCAGUCCUUGACCGAAAUCCAGGCUCGGGCUGCUCAGGAUCUACAACAGUGGGUUGGUCCGCUUGGACCAGAGGGGGAACAGUAUUUCUACAACAACAUUACAGGGUGCAGUACCUGGGAAGAUCCCUGUGAGAGAUGGAGAUAUGAUAUCCACGUUCGUUAUGAUCUACUUGUAGGCUUUCUGGUUUCUCAGGAGAGAAGCUCCCGCAGCUGCGCGCGAGAGGCCCUGCCGGACCUGACUCAUACGUUGACCUCCCUGGCCUCGUCGGUGAGCUCCGUGCAGAGCAUCUUAGCCAACUCGCUGACGGCCCCGGCCGGUGCUGAUCCUGAUGAUCCAGAGGCUUCAGGUGCCCGUUGGGCCAGGCCCAGGGCGAGACGCAACGCGUUGCCCCUACCGCCCAAAGCCACUGGCUCCGGGGCCCCGCGGCGUGCAUUGUUCUCGAUGCCGCCGCAUCAGCAGCAAUACGCCUCGCAGGUCUUUCAAAGCCAUCCCUCUGCGGCGCAUGCCAUGCCGGUAGUGGAGGCUGCACCUCCACCGCCUCCCUCGGGGUCCCCCGUGAGGGGCUGGGGAGUCGGUUGA